AUGUCACGCUCGACAGUGCCUAGCAAGCGUGCGGCGGACGCAGAUGAAGACAGAUGGGUGGCAGAUGAGGAUCGAUUCGUGCUACAGCAAGCGAAGAAGAAAGCAGCGAUCCGAGUGAAAGGUGGCCGGGCUCAGCCGGUGGAUUGGCUCGCUGUCACGCUCGUUGUUCUGGACCCGGAGCGAAACCCAUUGGACGAUGAGGUCGACGACGGGGAUCUGGAACUUGUGGAUCCGGAAGGUGUCUUUGAGGGAUUGAGCGAUGCGCGAUUGGAAGAGCUUGAGAAGGGAAUCGACACAUACCUGGUCUUGGAGAGCAGUCGAAGCAAUCAAGAGUAUUGGAAUAUGAUGAAGACGAUAUGUCAAGAUCGCCGGAAAAAUGUGCAAGGCUCACAGCCGUCUGCGCGUGGCGUCGGAUCCGUGGCCUCGGACUUGGACAAACUUCUCGGCCCCAAAACCCUGCCCGAAUUGGAGAAGCUGGAGAAACAAAUCAGAACAAAGCUCUCGUCCAACGAGCCGAUCGACACAGACUACUGGGAGCAUCUGCUCAAGAGUUUGCUCUCCUACAAGGCAAGGGCGAAGCUACGGAACAUCUCCCUGUCCAUUUUGGACGCUCGGAUGAGUGGUUUGCGCAAACAGCAAGCGGGGGAAGCUGAGGCACUGAAGUCACAGUUGGAAGAUCGUGCCUCAACAUCGAUGAGUGAUGCCGAGGGCGUCGAGACUGUCAAAGACAUCGGCGGGAGUGAUGGACAACGACAUUCUCAAGAUCCGGAGCCGCUAUUGCGAUUGCGCCAGGAGGACAAAUCUCUGGAAGCGCUGAGCGAGAGAGAAUUUGUGGAGAAGCUGGCGGAUGAUAGACGCAGAGUGUCCAAGCUCGGAUACAUUCCCAGCAGACAGCGCGCUGGCGCACUGACUGCAGCGCCAAGCUCGAAGCGCCAACGAACAGAUGGUGGAGAUGUGAGUGGCUCAAGUUCCAACGUCUUCGAUCGUGAGGUUGCUCGAGGUCUUGGCGAGAAUGAAGAACUCUUCACACAAGAGGAAGAAGUCACUACAAAGAACAAAGCACAAUGGGCUGGUCAACACCGUUCACGCAAGCCGAAGUAUUUUGGGAGAGUACAGUUGGGCUACGAGUGGAACAAGUACAACCAGACUCACUAUGACCACGACAACCCGCCUCCCAAGGUCGUUCAAGGGUACAAGUUCAAUGUGUUUUAUCCUGAUUUGGUCGACAAGACGAAAGCACCGACCUACCGCAUCGAGCGAGAGAACGGCAGGAAGCGAGGGCAGACUCUCGCGCCCGCAGGUGAAGACGACACCUGCCUUAUACGCUUCGUUGCCGGUCCGCCGUACGAGGACAUUGCAUUCCGCAUCGUCGACAAGGAGUGGGACUAUAGCGCCAAACGGGAGCGUGGAUUCAAGAGCAGCUUUGAUAAGGGCAUCCUUCAACUCCAUUUCCAAUUUAAAAAGAUCUACUACCGAAAGUAG